AGAAGCGUCCUGGACGCUGAUUGGCUCCGUCGUUCGCGGGAAGGAGUUUGUGGCGCCAGCGAAAAGUAGAUACGCCGCUGCGACAGCAGUAGGGCCCUGAGGUGCCCCGCCGACUCACUAGAUUGGAUCCUGACGGAGUCACUACCAAAAUGUGGAAUAGUGGAUUUGAAAACUAUGGCAGCUCCGCCUAUGGUGGCGCCGGCGGCUACACACAGUCCCCGGGGGGCUUUGGGUCGCCCACACCUACUCAAGCUGAAAAGAAAUCAAGAGCCCGAGCCCAGCACAUUGUACCCUGUACCAUAUCCCAGCUGCUUUCUGCCACUCUGGUUGAUGAAGUGUUCAAAAUUGGCAAUGUUGAGAUUUCACAGGUCACUAUCGUGGGGAUAAUUAGACAUGCAGAAAAGGCACCAACCAACAUUGUUUACAAAAUAGAUGACAUGACAGCUGCACCCAUGGAUGUUCGCCAGUGGGUUGACACAGAUGAUCCAAGUGGUGAAAACACUGUGGUUCCUCCAGAAACAUAUGUGAAAGUGGCUGGCCACCUGAGAUCUUUUCAGAACAAAAAAAGCCUGGUAGCCUUUAAAAUCAUGCCCCUGGAGGAUAUGAAUGAGUUCACCGCACAUAUCCUGGAAGUAGUCAAUGCACACAUGAUGCUCAGCAAGUCUAACAACCAGCCUUCAGUAGGGAGAGCACCUAUCAGCAAUCCAGGAAUGGGUGAAGCAGGGAACUUUGGUGCAAAUAGCUUCAUUCCUGUAAAUGGCCUCACCGUGGCCCAAAACCAGGUGCUAAAUUUGAUCAAAGCUUGCCCAAGACCUGAAGGAUUGAACUUUGAUGAUCUCAAGACUCAGCUCCAGUACAUGAGUGCAGUCUCAAUCAAGCAAGCCGUGGAUUUUCUUAGCAACGAGGGACACAUCUAUUCUACUGUGGAUGAUGAUCAUUUUAAGUCCACAGACGCAGAAUAACUAGACCUACUUGGGGACCUAAGAUAUUUCCUAGCUGAAUCUAUUUUCACAAUCUGCAGCUAUGCAUAUGUUUUUGGUCAUUUGACUUCUAGGAAGUAGGUUUCAUCUAUAAAAAGUCUCAGCUAACAUCCUUUUGAAACUUGCUGUUUAUUUUUAUUUUUGUUUUUUGAACCUCAGGGGAGGAUGGGCAGUUGACAGGGAUGUAAACCAAGGUGGAAUCUUGGAAAGGCAACAGAUAAGCUAGUUCAACAUCAGGAUAGAUGGAAUUGGGAGAGGGAUACUACCAAAAGAAUUGGGCAGUAUUACUAAAUAAAUGCUCGCUUGGGAGCUCCUCUUCCUAAAAUGUUUCUUGUUGAGAGAAAAUGAACAGGACUAGAGCCCAGUGUCAGAGAGCUAGCCGAGACACCUACUAACCUCUGCCUGUUCUUUGUUUCUCACUUUGGUCACGUGGAGUUACUUUCAGAAUUGCACUUUCCUUUGGCCUCUUGUCCUGACUGCUGCCAAAAGCAUGUUGUAUGGAUGUGAGGUCCUGGAGUGACGGCCCAGCAGGGCAGAAGAGGGGAAGGAAGAAAUAUUACUGUGCUUUGUACUAGAUAAGUGUAUCCAUAUGUUUAAUAAAACAGUUCUUACUGCA